CACUUUGCAGUAUGCACUAAUGCAGGCUCAUUGGCUGCAGGCAGCUUGACAUAGUUUCGCUGCUUCACUGCCUCGUGCAGCUGUAGCGGGUGCUCGGAGCUUGUAGAGCCAGCAGGUGGUACUCUCCCGCCGGCUGAGUCCGACUGUUGAAUGCGUGCAGCCGGCUGGAUGAAGAGCUGAAAACUAGAGAGAGGAGAGCGGAGAGACCUGGACAACACCGGGAGGGGGUCAGAAAGAGAAAAGAAAAGCUGUUUCUUCUCCAGCGGAAGAUGGACACACACCGGACCGUGGUCACUUCAGUCACCGAGGUCAGCAGCUCUCCCUCCGCCGGGUUGUGACUCUCCGGGCACCGCAGAGGAGAGCGGUAGACGCCGGUGAACAGGACCGGACGGUACGGACACUUUGCGGGCAGCGCUUUGCAGUGAAACCUCCCCCUGGAGAAUAAAGCAUCUGGUAGCUCAGACUGAAAGAAAAAGAAGUCUGGGACAGCGACACCAGUGCGGAAUAAUUUUUUGAUAAAACACAGAUUUACCAAGGGUUUAUACCGAAAUGGGAAAAGAAGUCUUAGUCAGCUUGUAAGAUGUUUCCUCACCACAGAGAAAGGGAGCAGCCGAUCUUCAGCGCCCGGGCCCAUGUUUUCCAGAUCGACCCUGCCACCAAGAGGAACUGGAUCCCUGCCAGCAAACAUGCCGUCACCGUGUCCUUCUUCUAUGAUGCCAACCGUAAUGUCUACCGCAUCAUCAGUGUGGGUGGGACCAAGGCGAUCAUCAACUGCUCCAUUACACCCAGCAUGACAUUCACCAAGACGUCCCAGAAGUUUGGUCAGUGGGCGGACAGCAGGGCCAACACUGUGUAUGGUCUUGGUUUUGCUACAGAGCAACAGCUGCAUCAGUUCUCAGAUAAGUUUAAGGAGGUGAAAGAUGCAGCUCGUCUGGCGCGAGAAAAGUCGCAGGAUAAAGAACUGGCCAACACUGCACUUAACAUCGCUGCUCCUCAGUACUCACAGGACCUCUCGGAUGAACUCCAGUCUCCACCGGUGAUGUGUGUGAACGGACCCGAGGACAAGCUGUUCCGCAGCCAGAGCGCGGACAUCACCCUGUCUUCUGAGAAGGAGCGCAUUAAGAAGAUGCUCUCUGAAGGGUCAAUCUGUGAGAUGAACCUGGAAGCCGAGCUCUUCACUCUGCAGGACAGCAACACCAAACUGGUGGCAGCUUUGCAUGAGGCUAAUGCUAAUGUGGAGCAGUGGAAGAAACAGCUGGCAGCAUAUCAGGAGGAGACAGACAGACUCAGAGAGCAGGUGAGCCAGGUGGCUGAGUUAGAGGCCCAUGGAGGUCAAGGCCCCAGCGACCUGCUGAAGGAUGAGCUGACCCAGUCCCUGGAGGAGCUGGAGGCUUUGCUCAAGGCCAAAGAUGAGGAAAUCCACAUUUUGCAAAACAAGAAAGUGGAGUACCACGAGAUGGAACACGACAGGGAUGAGGCCAUUCACAGAUUACGGGAGACGGAGAUGCGUAAUGCAGAGAUGGAGCGUCGCAUCCAGAACACAGAGCAGACCCUGAGUAACUCUCUGGAGGACCGGGAUCGCAUGGACUCUGAAAUCCAGAGGGCCAUCGAAAUUCUGGACAUCAAGAUCUUUGACCUUAAUGACCUUCGCCAGAGCCUGGUUAAACUCAUCGACAAAUAAGAGGAAAAACCCAACCCAAGAAAGAGAGAUGGGACAGAUGACAGGGUGAGAUAUGUCGUGGCCAACGCAGCGGGGAGUAAACAAAACAAGAUGGAGCUGGUCCCUGUCCUCUUCAGGCACAAGAACCACCUCGGCUGCAGGGAGGGAGCAGCAUAGACACGGUUUUGCUUGUCCAAUCUAAUGUAACGCUUCAUGAUGCUUUCAAGGGUAACAUUCAAUGCAAUAAACCAACUUUAAGGUAAGUGCUUAACACCGCUAGACAUUCAAUAUUGAGAAUUGGUGCUUGUAGUUUUUCAUAAGUCAGACUUUCGUACACCAAGUGGCGAUGCAGUGUCAAUAUAAAUAUGAGGCCUUGUUUUUCUUUUCAAUUUACAGGUGAUAUUUAAAAAUCUUUACAACAAAAUGAGUCCACAAAGGGAAUGCUAAUAAAAACGAGCACAAGACAAAAUUGCAUACAAUUACCUGCAUACAAUAUAAUUAUUACUGAAUUAACAGUACAAGUUCGAUUUGUGCAGAGAUAAACUCGUGUAUGGUCUUGUAUAAAGUAGCAGCUGUAACGUUGUGUAAAGUGAGCACAAAGUGAUUGUAGUUGGGGCUUUUCCCACAGGAAUUAGCAAUGACAUAUAUUUAAGGUCAGUAAAAAAGUAUGCCAAUAGUGUUUUAUAUUUGGGUAAGGCAUGUCCGCACAACUUAACCUGAAACAUUAGAUCUAAAUAUUGACACCAAAGAUCAGAUGUUAAGAGCAGAGUCAUCGAUAAGGUCUUUCAGCAGCUCGUCAAAUAUCUCGUCUUCAUUUAAGCUCGUAAGAAACCUUUAAAUCCAAGAUAUGUGACAGUAACCUGUAAAUAGAUUAAUACAAUGCGUAAUUACAUUUAGGAUAAAUAAGUAUUCGCCACAUGAUAUGAAUCAAUAAUUCUAGUUAGUAGACACAAGAAAAAAAGUCAUUGCUCAGUAUUGCAGAUAAGUUUAACUGGUCCUGAAUAAUCGUCCUGUGCAACAAACUACUGAUUUAAUAACAUAUUUACGAUAAACGCAUUUUCUGCCUUCGGUCAGUUCUCAGCACGUUACCUUUAGCUGUGGACAAUAUGCCACACGCCUGAGAGUGUGGCUGUACUGUAUGAAAAGUGAAUUUAUUUAAAAACACAAUGUCUACUUCAGAGUCUUUUAUCACACACUGUGUUGUUUAACAUAAUGCUGUUUGUAUUGUUGUUUUAAUGCCUUAUUGUUAGCAUUUCAAGAAUAGUUGUUGAUAUUCAUGCCAGCUGUGUCUGAAACUUUGAGCUGAUCAUGACUAGUUUGGAAAUAAAAGCAAAU